AUGACGGGCGCCGCGAACUGCACCAAAGAGCCGUCUGGGCCGACCACCUUCGCCGUGGCCACACGCCGGCGACGGCCGUCGACGGCGCACGACGGAAUGGGCGUAGCCGCCGCCGUUGCCGCAGGAGGAAUGGAUAAGAUGACGGGAGGACAGCGAUAUAAAUUAAACACAAUAACAGUUGCGCAAUGUGCGAUCUCUCGCGGCCGCUGCCGUUGCUUCCGUGGCUCGCCAUCAAUCGCCAUCGCCAUCGCCAUCGCCAUCGCUUUGCUUGUUGCCUGCUUGCCGCGUCGCCGCUCUACUUCCUCAUGGCUCCUCUCGCUGCUGCUGUUGCGUUUGGUUAGGGGUGCCUGUGGCUGCUUUGUCGUGCGUCCGUGCGGCUGUUUGUUCCUUCUUUUCAGAGAAAUCGCACUAAUCGGUUCGUCGUCAGAUUUGCCUUGCUGUUUCAUUUACUCAAAGGAUCAUCUUUCUCUUCAGUAUUUUCAGGUUAACUAUACUGAAGAGAACCUGCUCGACUACAUUGAUCCAAACAAUGAUACACUCAUGGUGAGACUUGCCGAUGACCAUUUGGUCGCCAAGUGUCGCAUCAUGGUAGCAACUGACAAGAGGGCCACUAUAACCACCAACUGGUCUGAGUUUCGUCGUCGCGCCAACAUUCGUGAAGGAGAUGUCUGUGCAUUUCGUUUUAGGAUCAUUUCAAGGCGCCGCCUGGUUCUCACCAUGCACCACCUCUAGAUGCACAAUCAAACAUGCUACGGCCCCUCCGUCAAUAUAAUCUAAUAUAAUGCACUAUUAAGUACUCCUAAUUAUGCUAUAGCCCUGUAAUGACCUAUGCUCCUCUUUUGUGCGCUCUUAUAUCAUGCUUUUCAAGACCUACUGCUUAUGUUGACAGCAUUGAUAUCAA